AUGUCCGGCAGACCUAAGCGCAGGGGCCGUCCUCCGAAAACCCCGGGCUCAGACAAGCCCAAGUUUCAGAUGCACUUGCUGAAAAAACCAAAGUAUCUUCAGAACCUCGAGACUGUGGAUGUUGUCCAAUCUCCUACACCUGGCCGGUCUGUAGCUUCGAGACGCAGCGCUCCGGCGUCGGUUGGAGCUCGCACCGCAGUGGUUGUCGAAACUCCAUCGCGUAACACACGGCGUUCCAACCAGAAGGCCAAGACACCUAAGACGCCAGCUGUGCCAAAACCUAGGGCACCGCGUCCGUCGACCAGCAAGAAGAAGAAAACUAAAAAGGCCACUGUCGACAAAAGUCAAGAUUACCAUUACGGUUCUGACUUUGAUGAGUCUGAAAAGAGCGAAGAGCCGUCCGAGAGUGAACAGUCUGACACUAAUGUUGAAGACGCUGUUGAUGAUGUUAGUGACAGUGAUUUCUCUGUCUCCGGCUUUUCUGUUGCCAGUCGUGCACGUAAAAGUAAUGUCUCCUACAUCAGGAAUCCCAGUCCUGAGCCGCUAUGGCUCAGGGGUGAAGAAAUACCCAAAUUGGAGUUACCCAAAUCCUCAGAAGAUCUCCUAGUGCCUACUGAACACAUCAUGCAAGCAUUGAGUGUCUAUGAAGUGUUGAGACGGUUUAAAAGCCAGGUGCGAUUGUCACCGUUUCGAUUUGAAGAUUUUUGCGCAGCUCUUGUUUAUGAAGAGCAAAGCUACCUGUUGGCAGAGGUUCAUAUAAUGUUGCUGAAAGCAAUAUUGCGGGAAGAAGAUUUACAGCAGACUCAUUAUGGUGCUGUUGAUCAAAAAGAUAGUAUCAAUAGUGUAUUAUAUUUUAUGGAUACUAUUACGUGGCCUGAAGUAUUACGAGAAUAUAUCGAGUCUGAUAAAUCAUUUGAUCCACUAGUUCUAAAAGUAUUUAAUAAUGGCGAUGAAUAUCCAUUUACAAAUAUCAAAAAUAGAUUAUCUGUACUGCAGUUUUUAACUGAUCAAUUUUUAACCUCUACUCUUAUUCGAGAAGAUUUUAUUCAUGAAGGCCACAGUUUUCAAUAUGAUGAUCAUUGUCGAGUGUGCCAUAAAGUGGGAGACCUCUUAUGUUGUGAGACAUGUCCAGCUGUGUUUCAUUUAGAAUGUGCUGAGCCUCCUUUACAUGAUGUUCCUACAGAAGAUUGGCAGUGUAAUUUGUGCAAAGAGCAUAAAGUCAUUGGAGUAUCUGAUUGUAUCCCUGACGAUGAGAAAUCUGGUUUAUCAUCCCGCCAGGACCACUUAGCAUAUGAUCGGCAUGGUCGUAAAUAUUGGUUUCUCGUUAGACGAAUUUUCAUUGAAAAUGAAGAGACUGGUGAAUGUUGGUAUUAUACAACAGAAGAGCAGCUAGGCUUAUUAUUAGACUCUUUGGAUCGUGAAAUGGAAUCUGCUCUUUUCAACGAAAUAGAAAAAGUCAAAGAGGAAAUUAAUCGACAAAUGAAAAUAACUAUGGACCUAACCUUACAGUAUCGACCAUCAAAUAGAAAAACAUUUUUGGAUGUAGAAAACAGUUAUAUAAUAGGCAUGCGAGAAGAGAUGCAAAAGAAAAAAGAUACAGAAAUGAGUAAAAAUGAUAGUAACAUUGAAGAAGGAAAUGAAAAUGUGAAGGGCGAUAAUGAGUCAAACAAUGACAGUAAACAAGAACAUUCAAAUGAAGUAUCAGUAGACAAAAAUGAAAAUGAAGGUGGGAGUGGUGACUUGAAAAAUGAUGAUAAUUUGAUAGAUGUUGAUGAUAGUGAACAUAAUCAUAGUUUAAGGAGCACUCGUAACAGAUCAUUACGCCUAAAACCAGCUCAACGUCAAACACCAGAACAGACCAAAAAACCACCUGUGGUUGAAAAACCUUCUCCGGUUCAUUCAUACUUAGACAACUUAGGAGCUAGGGUAACUCGAUUUAAAGCUCAACAUAUAGCAGCUGGUACCUAUUUGUACAAACUUGGCAUGGAUAAUAGCUUCAAGACAUAUGUAAAUCAAUACAGUUCAAAUCCAACUGCAUUAAAUAAGAUUCAAAAGAAUGAAGAACGCGACAAAAAGCGAUAUAUGUCUCACAAGUUUUCACUUACAGGACCUGGUGAAUACAAGUGGUGUGGACAAGUAUUUGGCGCUCGGUCAACACUGAUAAGUACUGUCAAACAAACUAUUAUUUCAUUAGACAAUUUAUUACCAUCCUCAUUGAUGCAUAUCAAUUGGUCAGUGUUGCGCAAACCUUGGUUAAAUCAAGUUAACUCGUGUUCUACUCCCAAAGAUUUCGCUAGAGUUAUGGUUGUUUUAAUGUCUUGCAUUAAACCAGUUGUUUAUGCACCAGUUUGGCACGAACAACUCGGGCAUGUAAAAAUUUAUCGUAUCACUCAUGCGGAACGGGAAGAAAAGAAAAAAACAGACAAAAAAGAUAAAAAAGAUAAAGAUGCUGAAGAAGAUGAGCGUAAUAGAUUGACCAUACAUUUUGUCAAGUACACUCUAGGUUUAAAACAUCAAGUUCACAAACAAAAAGGAGAAGAAUAUAGAAUUCAUGGUCAAUGGGGAUGGCAGUGGCUAUCAAAAACCAGAGACUAUAAAUUGGCUGAUUCCUCAAAACAGGGCUUAGCAGCUGGACCUGCCAAAAGAAUUUUUCAAGGCAAAGAUGAUAAAGGAGUGCGAACAUUUUCUAUCACCGAAACACUAUAUGACUCGAUGAUAUUAAAAGAAUGUACAUUUGACUCAGAAGUGUCAAGUGAAAUACCUGAUGACCAAAGUGUCAUACAUUUAGAUAAUGUUUCGGAUAUUGAUUUUAUAAAUAUGAAAAUUCUUUCACCCAUUGACAAACUUGAUGAAAACAUCAAUAUUAGUAGUACACUAUGUUCUUCUAGUCGUAUAAUGUAUCCUAAAGUUGCUAAAAAAUGUAAAACUGACAUGUUAUUGCCAAGACGAAUGCAAUUAAAAUUAGCUGAAGAAAGAUCAAUUAUGACAAAAAAUGCCAUCACUCCAAAACCAACUCCAGAAGCUGUAAAUAGUACACCUCCAAGUGCUUCUCCUCAAGCGUCUACCGAAACUAUCACCAAAAUGAGAGAAAAAUCUUAUAUGUUGAAUACUUUACAAAAACGUGUAAUUCAACUCAAACAGCAUUAUUUAUCGUUCAAUACUAUGUCUGAACACAUGAUAUGCUAUAAUAGUAGCUGCCGAGCAGCUAACAAAUCUAGUAUGGUUGCCUCAUGUUAUAGUCCACUUUGUAUCAGACAUGUGGAUGUACGAAAUGAACUUCUAUCAUUACUACGAAAAAUGAACAUUUUGAAAUCAGAACUAACCGAAUUAAAAGCAUCAAUGCCUAAAGACCCGGGUGUAUUAAAUAUAAAGACCGAAAAGACUGAUAAUACUCCAGUUGAACCAGUUCAAAUAAAAACUGAAGUUAAAAAAGAAGAUAAUUUAGUUAAAAGUGAACAGAUAGUUCAAGUAAACAAUGACAUAAAGACAGAGAGUAACACCAAGCAAAAAGAUAUAAAAACAGAAAAUGAAGAUGAACAAAAUGUGAAAGUUGAUGUCAUCAGCUGCAGUCCUACUACUGGAUUAAGUGUUUUGAAGCCCGCAAGAAAAAGAGGUGGUGCUAAACGAGAAGGUGUUCUAGUAGAUUGUAUAGAUGAUGGGCGUGUUUAUUCUACAGACGAUACGCGUAAAAAGAUUUAUUUGAAAAAACUCUUGAGUAAUAAUGUUCCUGUUAAAAAGAAAACAGAGAAAAUUAAGUACCCUCCUACUUCACGAUUUUAUACGCGUAGUAAACGUUGCAGUUUAUUAGUAUUACCAAAACACGAGCUUCGAAAGUUAGCUAGACAUGGUGGGCAUGAUAUUGUUAAUGGUUUCAAUCCUAAUAGCAAGACCAAUAAUUCAAUAUGGCCAUAUCCUUGCCCAAGACCAUAUUUUAAAACAUGCUGGCUUUACAGAACAAUCAUGUUUAACACCAUAUCAGCUGCUGCGUUACAAUUAAGAAUUUUAUGGGCAUGCUUGAGAUGGGAUGAAUUAACUGCUAAAACAGCUCACUUGGCUAGCAAACGAGAAGUAACUACUGAAACUGAAUUAGUUACUACAGAAACUUUAGAGUGUCGUACUUCGGGCCAAUUCAACGAACACACUGAAUAUUUAAUACGCAAAGUUGUAAUACCAUUAGAUAUACCAAAACAAGUCAGGGAGGUGACACCCAUACGAAGUGGCUUAAGAAAACGUAAGAGGGAGGAAGCUCCAAGGAAUACCGCACCACAGGUAUCUGAAGUGUGGGUUGAUGAAAGUAAAUUAGAGCUGGUAGAAAUCAAACAGUUCCAUGAAAGAGUGGAACGUGAAAUGCAAAUGCAACAAGCUAUGAAAACACGUGCGUCUUCAGCCUUUGCUAAUAAAUUGUUGCAUAACGAUUCUUCUCAUAAUCGAAAUUUAAACGAUAAGCUCCGUACACAAAACUCAGAUACAACGGAUCAUAUCAAAGAGCAAUUAGAACAGUCUCUCAGAGCCCAAAGAAUUGCUUAUAAAAGAACAUCAGUAAAUAAUGAUAACAACUCUUCAAAUAAGAAACUGAGCAUGGACUCACAAAGUCCAGUGACUAGUAGUUCGACGCAACGUAUGAAACUUGUACCUGGCGAAGGUGGAAGACUAAGGUUGAUGCCGAAUAAUAAGCCUUUGGCUCAAAGUCCUACUUUACUUCAAUCUUCCCCAAGAGUUGCCCCCAAACCCCCUAUUACUACUACCACUCCAUCAACUCGUCGCAUAUUCAUGACUAAAUGUCCAGACGGUAAGACCAGACUUGUGACUACACCAAAAACAAUUAUCACUGACACUAAUGUGAUGAAUCAAAACUCAAUGAAGAUUCAGUCAACUAACUCUCAAAUAGUCACUUCAAAUAAUGUUACCCAACAAAAACUGCAAUGUAUUAAAGGUGAAGAUGGAAAAUUACAAUUCAAAGGUCUUUUACCAGGACAACAACUUAUUCAAUUACCCGAUGGAAAAUUGCAUGUUACCAGUUACAUAAAUCCUAGCCCAUCUCGGACUGUGCAAAUAGGAAAAAAUACAUUAUUGGCAAAUAAUAAUAAUUUUCAAAAAGCUGGCACUCAAACAAUUAUUUUGAACCGAGGAUCACAGCCUAUUCAACAAGUUAUGAAACCUCAAACAUCUCAAAUGGUAGUUUCUGGUGGACAGUUAGUAAAUGUUUCACAAGGUCAACAAAUGAUUGUGCAGCAUAUUAAUCCAACUAAAGCCACUAUAGCCACUAUCAAUGGCCAACAAGUUAUAUUACGGCCAAAUACUGGUACUUCUGCCAACUUAAUCAGUAGCGGUGGCCAGACAAUUAAGUUUGUACGACCUCAACAAACUAUACAAAAAAUGCAUCAAUCUGUACCACCACUAUCACCUCGAGUUACUCAAACAACUGGAAUUGUUCCAGAUCAACACAGGCCAGUAGUUCCACAGGCUGUACCCAUACCAUUAGUUGAUGAACAAGAAAAACUACUUUUAGCUAACCAACCACCUGGUACUGUAAUAAAAUGUAUCACAGCUCAAGUAAUUCAAAGUCAAACGCAUGGUAAUAAAAUAGUAUUGCAAGGUUUGCAAGGUAACGAUUUUACACCCCAGCAAUUGCAACUUGUACAGCAACAAGUCAAACAACAACUCUUAAAAGCUCAAGAAUCCAGUGGUACUCAAGGAGUCUUAGGUCCCACAAAGAUUUACCUUGCUGUUCAGCCACCAGAUUCCCAACUUCCUCCUGUGCAAAAAACUGGAAUUGUAGCCCCCGUCACAGCCCAACCUACAGUUAAACCAAUUGAACCUUCCCUCAAGCCACCAGUUCCUGUACCAAACAAUAUUCCAGAAAGCUUAACUCAAAUUAAAAUUGAACCACCAUCAAAGUCUCCUGUGAAUAAAAUCCCAGUAAUUAAAGAAGAACCAAUUGAUUCCCCAAACUCAUUUGUAGUGACUCCAAACUAUAUUAGUCAAUCAAUCAAAAAUGUAUUGAAAAAUGAAGAUUUGAACCCGGAAACACAAGAAAAACUGUUACAAUUGCAAAAAUAUCAAGAACAACAAUUGCGUGAUCCAGUACCGCAGACACCAGUACCUGCAUCUCCUGCUAGAAAGCGACCUUAUGAAGCUGAUAAUUUGUCAGAAUUUGAACCACCCAAAAAAUCAACUGAACGUGAUAAUUCUGGGUCAUUGGUAUCUCCUGAACAAUCAAAACUAUAUCAGACACUAAAACAGGGCGAUGAUGAACGUAAAAUGCAACAACUUCAAUCAAAACUCCAGGUUAGCUUGUUCAAACAAAAAGAAUUAUUGAAAAAAGAUAUACUAAAAAAGAGGGCGCUUCUGGAAAAGGAAUUGCAAAUCGAUAUUCAGAACGAAAUAGCUGCUAACGUGACUGUUUCAUCAGCUGAUUCUACGACAACUUCUAAUAAUGUGACUGAAAAGUCUAUUCCAGUAACGCCUGCCCCUGCGCAAGUGACUCCCCCUCCCCAAGGUAGCAGUAAGCGUAAACACGCUUCAGGUCCACCAACCACCAUACAAACUACACCACAUGCCAAUAAUAAUUCCAAAACUAGUAAUUCAGGACCUGGUAGACGACGGCCAAUGAAGAUUUCUCCUCCGGGACCAAACCGAAAUCAUUCACGGCCAUCACCAUUAACUCCUACCAAGAAAUCUAGCCCAAAAAAGAGUAAAAAAGAAAAAAUUAUGUGUCUAUGUCGAACACCCUAUGACAGUUCAAAGUUUUACGUUGGAUGUGAUAUGUGUCACAACUGGUUCCACGGUUCUUGUGUCGGCAUCACUGUGCAAAUGUCUAAAAGAAUUUCUGAAUGGUUUUGUCCAGAAUGCAAGCGAUCCAAGGAUCCCGAAGUUCUCUAUUGUAUAUGUAAAAAACCAUAUGAUGAUCAACAAUUUUAUAUUUGUUGUGAUAAAUGUCAGGACUGGUUCCACGGCAGCUGUGUUGGUGUAUUGCAGUGUGAAGGUGAUAAAAUGGAUGACUAUAAUUGUCCUAGGUGUAUGGCCAACUCUGAAAUCAAUUUUGCCAAUUUGAAGCCAUUGAACCAACCAGACAACGACGACUUAUUGAAACUCAUCAAACAAAUACAUUCGCAUAAAAGUGCAUGGCCUUUCAUGGAGCCAGUCGAUCCUCAUGAAGCUCCUGAUUAUUACAAUGUUGUUAAGGAGCCUAUGGACUUGAACUGCAUUGGAAAAAAUGUGACCGAUAAGAAGUAUAAGAAUCUCACAGAAUUUAUUCGUGACAUGAUCAAGGUAUUCGACAACUGUAGGUAUUAUAAUCCACGUGAAUCACAAUUUUACAAGUGUGCUGAAAUCCUAGAACAGUUUUUUGUGUCAAAAUUGAAAAAUCUAAGGGACAAAUUUUGUGAACAAUACAUGGAAGUCUAAAAAAUGAUUUUCAAUUAUUGUGAUAAUUUUCUAGGUAGUCAUACUCUUAUCUUACAUUUUUUAAUGUUUUUUUUAUUUAUUAAUAAACAUUUUUGUUCUUUUUUAUUAUUAUCUUAAAGAAAAAAAACAUUGUACAUAAUAUUUUAUUUUAUUUAUUAAUACAGUAUAUCAUAACGGCUAUUAUUGAUCUAUAAUAGAAAAUCUAUAUUUUUAGCUAACUUAUUGUUUGUUUUAUUGACAUAUUUUUACGGACAUUUCACUGCCUAUUCAGCAAUGAUAUUGAUAUUUUGUUAUUGAUACAAACUGAUUUGCUGGUGCAUCUUAUCAUUUUUUUUUUAUCAAUUUUGUCGGGAUAACUAUUGUACAUGAUAAAAAGUUACUACAAAAUUACUGUUGAUCGAUUAAUGUUUGUUUAACCGCUCAGAAGCCGAAACACUCAUUCCAAAAAUUGAAAUCAAAGUCUAUAUUUUUAUCUGUAUAACCUUUUUUUGUUAAAUAUAAUAUAAUAUUUAAUUAUAAAUAAAAAAUUUUUAAGGUGAUGUUGUAUUUAUAUUUGUCUCAAAAUACAUUUUAUACAAUAUGUUAGUAUUUUAAUAUUCUUUUUUUAAAAUAUAUCGAAACUCAAAACCAAAAACCUGUAUGAUUUGUUUAUUGAAUGCAUGUAUAUAAUUAUAAUGUGUAGGGGUAGAGCCUACUUGUAUUUUAUUUUAAAAUAAAAAUAAUUAUGUAUGUUAAAAUUAACUAUGAUUUUAUAUAAACGGUGAUGAUGUUUUUCUUAUA